CCGCCAGGCACGCCCCCAACCCCAAAAACCUAAGAAAUGACGUGCACCCGCUAAAGAUCCUACAAGCUCCAGAUUGUGACUUUCGCCAAAAAAAAAAAGAACCCCGGGUGUCUUUUCAAAGCAUAAUGCCACCACCGCGCAUUCCACCAUUGCUGCACCCAUAUGUCUCCCUCGCACCACCCGACUCUCUCACUCUCCUCACUAGCGUCCUUGGUGCGAGCACAAAUUGGCUUAUACUCCGCUACAUACUCGGCGCAUUCGACACAAAAGGCAAGAAUGGAGAUGAGGCUGAGAGCAGCAGAUUGGCAAGUAAUGGCGAUGUGAAGGUCGUAUUGGUGAGCUUUCUAAGAGAUUGGGAUUUCUGGAGGACAGAGGCAAGGAGGAGUGUUGGAUUGGAUCUGACGAAAUUGGGGGUCGAAGGGAGGUUCGCGUUUGUGGACGGGUUGGGCGAAUUGUUCUUGCGGGAGGACGGAGUGGUGCCAGCAUCUGCAAGUGUGACAGUGUCUUCAUCUUCGCCUUCAGGAAUCCCUGGACGAGCUCCUCUCGCAGUCACGCAAAAUGCACGAGGACUAUCGAUCCGCGGGAAGACACAAUCCGCACUGGCACAGUCGUCUGCUGAGCCCUCGAUGAAGCCGAAAUAUAUAGCGACUCUUACAUCCCCCGAUCUUGCACACGUCGAACAGACAAUACAGUCCGCCCUCUCCUCGGCCUCUUCAUCGUCUCCUUCAUCACCUCCUUCACGCACGCUCCUCAUCCUCGACGACCCCUCAAUUCUCCUCUCCGCCACCUUGACCCCAGUCCAUGCAUUCCUCUCUUCUCUCCUCCACAUCCGCACUCUUGCAGCUUCAUCAAUAAUAUCACUGCCCGCUGACUCGCCACUGGUGCAUCUGACACAUACACCGACGCCGCUGGAGCGCGAGCAUGCGAAUCUGGUUGUGGGAUUGGGGCAUACAGCGACGAGGGUGGUGGGCUUGAGGCUCUUGGAUUCAGGGGUUGCGAGAGAUGUCAGUGGAGUGCUAUGUGUAGGGAGGGGUGGGGCCUGGGAUGGAGACGACGAGGAGUCUGGGAGAGAGAAUGGAGUGAAUUUGGAGAAAGAGCUGUUGUAUUACGUGGGAGGGGACGGCGGGGUGAAGGUCUUUGAGAGGGGAGCUGGGACAAAUGCUGGAUGAAGAGACACGGUUCCCAUGCUUGAAAGAGGAAUCAGUCGUCGAGUGAGUGGAUGGCUUGGCAUGAAAGAGGUUGAGGGAUUGUCAGCGAGUGGGAGAGAUGAGUACUUGACAUGAGCCGAAAGUGCGCAUGCAUAGCACUGUCAGAUACAAUGAAGUUUCCUGAGGAGCCCGAAUCGACAGAUCGAGAAAGUGCGGUGGUGGAUAUGCUCGAUCGUUCUUACCCUUUCA